AUUGUAUUCGAUUUCAACGAAACCAACUUCAGGCAUCAGUUUUCGCGCCAUUCGAAAAGCGUGUGUGCUGAUCGAACGCCAAAGGUCUCUGGAACAGAAUUUAAUCGCAGUGAAUUUGUUUUGCCAACGACAAAUUCCAUUAAGAAUUAUAAUGAAUAAGCGGCCUUUUUCCGGCCCUCCGUCCAAGAAAAAUAAAUUCAGGGUGGACGACGAUGAUGACGAAUACCCAGGAUCGUUCGAAGCGGAACUUGCCAUCAUGGAACAAAUGGAAGACGAGUUUCAAGAAGCGUCUCAGGCCUCGGGGGAGCCUGACCCUGCAGAUCCUCAAAUGCAAGUCAGAGGUCCAGAUCAAGAAAACACUUGUUCCAAAUGGAAUCGGCCAGCCCCUCAGCCAUUCGAUCCGAAAACAGACUCGCUCACUUUCCAGCAAAUAGAAGUUGACCAUUAUAUAGGGCAGCCGCUGGCCGGAAUGCCGGGAAGCAAAAUUGGACCAGUAGCAAUAAUGAGAAUGUACGGAGUCACGAUGGAAGGAAACUCUGUAUGCUGUCACGUGCACGGAUUUUGUCCCUAUUUUUUUGUCACUGCACCAGAAAAAUUCAAUAACUCUCACUGCAAACCAUUCAAGGAUGCUUUGAAUCGAGCUGUAUUAGGAGAUAUGAGAUCGAAAAAUGAUAAAGUUACAGAAGCUGUACUAGUAGUAGAAUUAAUCCAGAAACAAUCUCUGUAUGGAUAUUCAGGCGAGGACUUGGUGCCUUUUAUCAAAAUCACAGUCGCCCUGCCAAAGCUUGUGGCUCCGUGUAAACGCUUGUUGGAGAAAGAAAUGAUCUUUCCAACAUUCAGCGAUCACAUAUACCAGGCCUUUGAAACUAACAUCGAGUUUGAUAUCAGAUUUAUGGUGGAUACGCACGUAGUAGGCUGUUCAUGGAUCAAGCUAGUCCCUGGCAAAUGGAAAUUAAGAGGCCAUCCAGGGAAUGAUUUGCCUUUGACCAGCCGUUGUCAAUUGGAAGUUGACGUUGCCUGGGAUAAUUUCAUUGCCCAUCCACCAGAGGGAGAAUGGGCCAAAGUUGCACCCUUCAGAAUACUAAGUUUUGAUAUUGAAUGCGCUGGACGCAAAGGAAUUUUCCCUGAGGCAAAUCACGAUCCAGUUAUUCAGAUUGCAAACAUGGUGAUAAGACAUGGAGACACCGAACCCUUCUUGCGGAAUGUGUUCACAUUGGAUACGUGCGCACCAAUUAUCGGUUCUCAGGUACUUAGUUUUCAAAAGGAAGCAGUCAUGCUGGAGAAAUGGGCAGACUUUGUGAGACAGUGCGAUCCAGAUAUACUUACUGGCUACAACAUAAACAACUUCGACUUUCCCUACCUGAUAAAUCGAGCACAGCACCUGAAUGUGAAAUCCUUCAGCUACCUUGGAAGAAUAAAGGAUAUAAAAUCUGUGAUAAAAGAUCAGGUGUUACAAAGUAAACAAAUGGGCAGGAGAGAAAAUAAGCAUGUCAAUUUCGAAGGAAGAGUGCCGUUUGAUCUAUUGCUGGUCUUAAUUCGAGAAUACAAGUUACGUUCGUACACGUUGAACGCGGUAAGUUAUCAUUUUCUCCAAGAACAGAAGGAAGACGUACAUCACAGUAUUAUCAGCGAUCUACAAAAUGGGAAUCCCCAAACACGAAGAAGACUUGCGGUUUACUGUUUAAAAGAUGCCUACUUGCCGUUGAGGCUACUGGAUAAGCUCAUGUGUAUUAUCAACUACAUGGAAAUGGCAAGAGUGACCGGCGUCUCUCUUUGCAGUUUACUAACCAGAGGACAAGGGGUCAAAGUUGUUUCACAGCUGUUGCGAAAAGCGCGAGAAAAAGGCUAUCUAAUGCCAACGCAUCAGGGUCAGGGAAGUGACGAACAAUUUGAAGGAGCAACAGUCAUAGAGCCAAAACGUGGAUACUACAACGAUCCGAUUGCGACAUUGGAUUACAGUUCUCUAUAUCCGAGCAUAAUAAUGGCCCAUAAUCUCUGCUACACAACGUUACUACCUGCAGCGACUCAACACAAACUGAAACUGACUAAUGACAAGUUUUCACAAACACCAACUAACGCCAUGUUCGUCAAGUCCUCAGUUAGAAAAGGACUCCUUCCAGAAAUUUUAGAAAAUUUAUUGAAUGCCAGAAAGCUAGCGAAAACAGAGCUGAAGAACGAAACUGAUCCAUUCAAACAGAAAGUUUUGGAUGGACGACAGUUGGCUCUGAAAGUAUCAGCCAAUUCCGUAUACGGUUUCACUGGAGCUCAAGUAGGCAAAUUGCCCUGUUUGGAAAUAUCUAGUAGUACUACAGCUUACGGUCGUGCAAUGAUAGAGCGAACUAAACAAGAAGUGGAGCAAAAAUACUGCGUUGCUAAUGGGUACAAACACGAUGCUGUUGUGAUAUAUGGCGACACGGAUUCUGUGAUGGUUAAGUUUGGUGUAAAGGAUAUGGCGGAGGCAAUGGAGCUGGGAAAAGACGCAGCUGACUUCGUUUCGUCAAAGUUUAUAAAACCUAUCAAGCUGGAAUUCGAGAAGAUCUAUUUUCCGUAUCUUUUGAUAAACAAAAAACGAUACGCAGGUUUAUUAUUCACUAAGCCAGAUAAAUAUGAUAAAAUGGACUGCAAAGGAUUGGAGACCGUGAGAAGAGACAACUGCCCGUUGGUUGCCAACAUGAUGAACACUUGUUUGCAGAAAUUAUUGAUAGAGAGAGAUCCGGAUGGAGCAACAGACUACGCAAAGCAAAUCAUAAGUGAUCUCCUCUGCAACCGUAUAGACAUCUCGCAACUUGUGAUAACAAAGGAACUUACAAAGACUGAAUACGCAGCCAAACAGGCCCACGUCGAGUUGGCGGCAAAAAUGAAGAAGCGAGACGCAGGAACGGCUCCGAAACUCGGUGACAGAGUUCCAUACGUUUUUACGUCCGCCGCAAAAGGCACUCCGGCAUAUCAGAAAGCAGAGGAUCCGAUUUAUGUCCUCGAAAACAGCAUUCCCAUAGACUCAAAUUACUAUCUGGAAAACCAACUGUCCAAACCUCUUCUCAGGAUAUUCGAACCCAUUCUUGGAGACAAAGCUGAAUCUCUGUUACUGAGGGGAGAACAUACCCGCACGAAAUCCGUAGCGACUUCACGUGUUGGAGCACUGGCCGCAUUUACGCGAAAGAAGGAAACUUGUAUGGGGUGUAAAGCCAUUCUGCCCACAGGGCGAGAGCACAUGGCCCUAUGCCAGCACUGUGAGUCUCGCGAAUCCGAACUUUUCCAACACGAAUUAUUACUCGGCAGAAAAUUGGAGGAAAAAUUCUGCAGAUUGUGGACCGAGUGUCAAAGAUGCCAGGGUAGUUUGCAUCAGGAAGUUUUGUGCACCAGCCGAGACUGUCCGAUUUUUUAUAUGAGGAAGAAAGUUAGGAUUGAACUAGAUGCACAGGAGAAGCGAAUUGACAGGUUCGGGAUUCCGGCCUGGUAGUGAAAUACAAGCGCGUUCGACAGCCAAUCCAUCGCCAUGUCAAGUCCUUCUCCUUUGGUCGCCGAAGUCUUGAAGAUUUGGAAGGUUCGAUUCUUCAAUGCGUCGAGACCUAAUGCUUGAUGUACUUCUGCGACGCUUAAACACCCU